UUCCAGCAAGCAGACAUGUCAUUCCGAUUUCAUGCUGUGUCCUUUUUAGUUAGCAAGUUAUUAACCAAUGUGUACCCUCUGUAAAAAUGAUUUGAAUUGUACGUGAGCGCGAAUUUAUAACACAUUUUCAUUUACCCGUUGUUGGUAAUAGCAUUAUGUUACGAGUUGGAAGCGCAGUGGCCUGCAUGGCCUGCAGAAACCUGGUCUCCCCCAACAUGGGUGUGAGGUUCAGGAUGCCCUUACAGAAGCUGCACCCUCUGUCUCGUGCCAUCCACCACCGGUACAACGCCAGUGUCAACCCCCCGCACCGCUCGGCAGCCCGCCACUUCACCUCCAUGUCCCGGCUGCCCAUGCAGCCCCCCAAGCCUCCCCCGGGCGGUCACGGUGGCUGGCGCUACCAGCAGCACCGCAACUUUUGGAUGCUCCGCCUGGCCUCCAGGCUGCUGAAGCUCCGGUACAUUGUGCUGGGCUCAGCAGUGGGAGGCGGGUAUACCGCUAAGAAGACCUAUGAGGAGUGGAAGGAUAUGCUGCCUGAUAUGGAUGCAUACAAUUGGGUAAUACCCGAUUUCUUCUGGGAGAUGAGUAAACAAAUUGACCUAGAUAAACUAACCAAAAUGCUGCCUGAGUUAAUGGAGAUUGCCAAGUUUCUACCAGAGUUACCCGAUUUAGAUAAGAUAGGAGAGAACUUCACCUUUCUCAAGAGCAUCCUCUUCACUGGUGUUGGUAGUAAAGGAGCUUCUGGUCAGCGUUUGUUGUUAGCCGAAGCCCCUGGGGACACUCCAGUGAAAUCUGCCACAGAUGCCCCAGUUACGGCCACACCAGAGGCCAGCAGCAAGCAGUUUAGGAAGGGUCUGCUCGACGAGCUCUUUCUCAUACAGCAGCAGAUCCAGCAGGCUGAGGAGGAGGUCAGACAGGCCUCCACAGCCAAUAACACACAGCCAAGCCCAGAGCCCACCCACAGCCUACCCCUGCGCCUGUCUCCACCGCCGCCUCCACCUCUGAGCCUGCCGCCGCGCCAGAUACCCGAGCCAAUCCCAACCAGCUCCCCGAGCCCCAGCCCCCUCGGCAGAAAGUCUUCAGACAAGGAGAAGGUGGACCAGCUUCAAGAGGAACUGCUCCGAACUCAGGUCAAGUACCAGCGCAUGCUGGAGAGACUGGAGAGGGAGAACAAGGACCUGAGGAAAGUGGUGCUGCAGAAAGAUGAGAAGGGUAUCCACCAGAGGAAAGUCAAGAAGUCUCUAAUUGACAUGUACUCUGAGGUGCUGGACAUCCUCUCAGACUUCGACUCUAACUACAACACCCAGGACCAUCUACCCAGGGUGGUGGUGGUGGGAGACCAGAGUGCAGGGAAGACCAGUGUGUUGGAGAUGAUCGCCCAGGCUAGGAUCUUCCCCCGGGGCUCUGGAGAAAUGAUGACCCGCUCUCCUGUCAAGGUGACGCUGAGCGAGGGACCUCACCACGUGGCCAUGUUCAAGGACAGCAGUCGAGAGUUUGACCUGGGAAAAGAGGAGGAUCUGGCUGCCCUGCGACAUGAGAUUGAGCUGAGGAUGAGGAAGAGUGUCAAGGAGGGACAGACAGUCAGCCCUGAGACGAUCUCUCUGAGUGUCAAAGGACCAGGCAUCCAGAGGAUGGUGCUAGUAGACCUACCAGGAGUCAUCAGUACUGUGACAGCAGGCAUGGCAGCAGACACCAAGGAGACCAUUUUCAGCAUCAGUAAGAACUACAUGCAGAACCCCAAUGCCAUCAUCCUCUGUAUCCAGGAUGGGUCAGUGGAUGCAGAGCGCAGCAUCGUCACGGACCUGGUCAGUCAGAUGGACCCGCAGGGGAAGAGGACCAUCUUUGUCCUGACCAAAGUCGACCUAGCAGAGAAGAACCUGGCCAGCCCUAACCGGAUUCAACAGAUUGUUGAAGGAAAGUUGUUCCCUAUGAAAGCCUUGGGUUACUUUGCUGUGGUGACUGGGAAAGGCAGUGCCGGGGAAAGCAUUGACUCCAUCAAAGACUACGAAGAGGACUUCUUCCAGAACUCCAGACUACUGAGAGACGGCAUGCUGAAGACCCACCAGGUGACUACUAAGAACCUGAGUCUGGCCGUUUCUGACUGCUUCUGGAAGAUGGUCAGGGAGUCAGUGGAGCAGCAGGCCGACGCCUUCAAAGCGUCCCGCUUCAACCUGGAGACAGAGUGGAAGAACAACUACCCCCGUCUGAGAGAGCUGGACAGGAAUGAACUCUUCGAAAAAGCCAAGAACGAAAUCUUGGACGAAGUCAUUAGCUUGAGUCAAGUGACACCGAAACACUGGGAGGCCAUCCUAGAGAAGAAGCUGUGGGAGCGUGUGUCCAUCCACGUCAUCGAGAACAUCUACCUGCCUGCAGCCCAGACCAUGAACUCUGGUACCUUCAACACCACCGUGGACAUCAAGCUCAAACAGUGGACGGAUAAGCAGCUGCCUCACAAAGCAUUAGAGGUUGCCUGGGAGACGCUGCAGGAGGAGUUUGCCCGCUUCAUGGCGGAGUACAAAGGGAAGGACCAGGAUGACAUUUUUGACAAGCUGAAGGAGGCGGUGAAGGACGAGAGUAUCAAGAGGCACAAGUGGAAUGAGACAGCCAUGGACAGCCUGAGGGUGAUCCAGCACAAUACUCUGGAGGACCGCUCCAUCACAGACAAGCCCCAGUGGGAUGCAGCCAUCCAGUUCAUGGAGGAGACCCUGCAGGCACGCCUCAAAGACACUGACUCUGUGAUAAAUGACAUGGCAGGUCCUUACUGGAAACAACGCUGGAUGAGCUGGACGAGCCGCUCGCCCGAACAGCACAUCUGCAACGAAACCAAGAAGGAGCUGGAGCGCCUGCUAAAACUCCAUGAGGACCACACAGCCUACCUGGCCAACGACGAGGUCACCACCGUCCGCAAGAACCUGGAGGGUCGAGGGGUGGAGGUGGACCCUGUCCUGAUCAAGGACACGUGGCACCAGCUGUACCGACGUCACUUCCUGCAGAAGGCGCUGCAUCACUGUAACCUGUGUAGACGAGGCUUCUACUACUACCAGAGACAAUUUGUUGACUCGGAGCUGGAGUGCAAUGAUGUAGUCCUGUUCUGGAGGAUUCAGAGGAUGCUGCUCAUCACAGCCAACACACUCAGACAGCAGCUCAUCAACACAGAGGUCCGGCGCCUGGAAAAGAACGUGAAGGAGGUGCUGGAGGACUUUGGUGAGGACAACGAGAGGAAGGUCCACCUCAUCACCGGACGCAGAGUACAGCUGGCAGAAGAACUUAAGAAGGUCCGUGAGAUUCAGGAGAAACUUGAAGCCUUCAUAGAAGCUCUUCACGAGGAGAAAUAGAGCACCAGAAACCAAUGGAUCACAGAUCAAAGAAGACUAAUUCCUCCCUCUGUAAAUGACUGCCCCCCCCCCCAGUGACGCCCAACUGUUGCUCCUAGUUUUUUUUUCUGCGAGUGGAGUUUAUUGGAUGGAGCCCUUAACACUGAGGAGGAUCAGGUUAUCAGUGUUGCUGAGCAGAUAGCACUUCCUCUGCUCAGAGUGGGCACCAUGCUUUAUAGGCCCAUGAUGAGUACACCAGACAUGUCCUCUUCACACAGAAAUCCAACAACUGUCUCCGGGAUUUUUUUGCUCUGCAUUUUUGGCAGAGAAGACGAAGAGAGAAGGGGGAGGACAAGAUUGAAGUUACACACCUCGUGACUGACUGACGGAUCGACCUCAUGUCGUCUUCCUCUCUCUCUCAUUGCUCCCUCGUUUCUAAUAAAUGAGGCGGUUGUGAAGGUUUUCUCUCUCACUGCCAACUUCCUUUCCUUUGUUUGGGAAUGUCUUUAAUCGGCUUGAGCACCUGUCAGAAGUUGUGUCCCAAAGGGUGAUGGGAACCACCCUCCUCUCUGUAGAUUGACUAGCUGUAAAUUAACGCAAGGGGUUGAAUUAACGCCUGUUGGGUUGAAGCCAUUCUCCUGCCUAUUGUUAGCACUCGUUCCACAUAGGACUUAAUGUGAAUUCACUUCAGUUAUCCCCGCGGCUAGCUUUAAGCCAGCUCUACACGUGCGUCACUAACCGUACAGGUACAGGCCCCAGUUAUUAACCCUCACUUGCACAACAGUCAACCUCCAUCCUCCUAAAACUAGAAUAUAUGAACAGUGGAUAGAGUAUUCCACACUAGUUGUAACAAAGAUAAUAUAGAUUGGAUUUCUUAUUUCAGGCAAGCAGAGUUAAUUUGAGAGUUAUGUCUGCUAUUGAUAGGCAGCGCGCAAUGCCCCACUAUGUACCACUCUCUCUGCCCUACUGUGUGCGCACCUCAUCAUCACAAGGGUUUAUAUUAUGGCAUUUCAUUUCAAUGUUGGACGAAACGGCCUCGACUAUCUUUGUUCUGGGUGAAGAUCCAGUGUUUGACUAGAAUCUAGUUCAACCUGCAGUGGAUGGAACCACAUUGUCCAAUCACGUUGGGGGAAAGAUGCUAAUUGUAUUCAAACAUGGUGACAGAGCUGCACAGGCAUCUUUGGGUUCUUGGUACAUUCAUUCCUUUCACUUUUUCUGCUUCUUCAUGCUCUCCUGCCUCUGGGCAGGUCACACUGUCUGACUUGCUGGUCUCUACUGGUCUCUCCUGAGGGACCUCUUUCUCUCUCUGCUCUACUCCAUCCAUCCAUGUUUUCUUUAUUUUUGAUCCUCUCUCUUGCUCUUCUCUCAAGCCCUCUAUCUUCUAUACUCUCCAUCUCCGAUUUCACCCCCCCCACUCUUUGUUCCCGGCUCUAAAGAGUGGAAUGAAAUGGUGACUGGUAUACUUAACCCCGGUCCUUCAUAUGUGUAUAUGGGUUAAUACCGUACAUGGUGUACAUGUAAAGUUAAUACCAAUCAUGAAUCCGUUAUUGCUUAUGGGAUGAAUGUCAGAGUGCGAUGCUCUUGUAACAAGAUAUCCAUCGGUUGGUUCAACACCUACAGUUCUCUUUGAUGUUACAGAAUGUAAUGUUUUCAUGGUAUACCCCAUCAGAUGUGCUUUAUUUAUUACAAAUUUGAUUGUUUAAGGAAGUGAAAAUAAAAUUGAUGUUAAUAAAAAUGUAAUUUUCCAAGAA